ACACUCGAUUAUUUCCUUCCACAACGAGAAGCAAAAGUUUGCAGGCUGAGUUUUGAGACUUGGACAGCAAAUCGAUAAUCGAAAGUUUUCAAGUUAUAUGCAAUUAAGAAGAUGGGAUUAACAUGGUGCCUUGCCCUAAUUUUAAUCCCAAAUCUCUUCUACCACGUCGUAUCCUCCAAUCAGAUCAUCUCUGUUCAUACAGGUGGGACAUUUGGCCGGGGCUCUCGUGAACCAAAAUUCAAUAUUGAAUUCCAUUCGGAAGACUCACCCUUCUUUUCUGACGAUGACCAGGAAUCUUUGAUUAUGCCCAAUAAAAAUGGAGAAAAGUUUCUUUGUUUUUUGCCUAAAGUAGAGAAAUCAAAGGGUGGGAAGCUAGUUAGUCUACAGAACACAAGUAGUAUGAUAUUGGAGACAGAGAAAACAAUGAAAGUAAAGACACCAGACGAGUUACUUGAAGUGCUUAAAGAUCGGUGUUUUAUUAGGCAAGAAGGAUGGUGGUCAUAUGAGUUCUGCUAUCAGAAGUGGUUGCGACAAAUUCAUUUGGAGGAGACUAAGAUGGUUCAAGAAUUCUUUUUGGGUGUUUAUGAUGAAAAUGCUACGACAGCUUUCAAUCAGAACCUUCCUGACAUCUCUUUAUUGAAAGAUCCUCGCUCAAGUGAUGCAUCUCAAAGGUACCAUGCUCAUCUGUUCAACAAUGGAACUCUCUGUGAUUUAACAAAUCAGCCUCGGGAAACAGAGGUCAGAUUCGUUUGUUCAGAGCCCAAAGCAGUGAUAAGUUCUAUCACUGAAUUGUCAACAUGCAAAUAUGCACUCACAUUCCAUUGCCCAAUGCUUUGCCAGCACCCGUUAUUCCAAGAAGAAAGACCAGCGUCACAUACAAUUCACUGUAAUGCACUUCCAAAGGACUUGAAGGAGUCAAAGGUGGAGGAAGAUGAUUUUCAAGAAAGAAAAAUAAGUACGGUCACUGAGGUCGAGAAUUUACCUUCUUUCGAUUCAGAAGUGCAUGAUGCGGUAUAAAAUAUAAGACCGAAUCAUGGGGGAGGAGUUCUCUCAAUAUUACGAUGGCUGCAAUGAAUUUUUGGCUUUCAGUGUAGGAACCAGUCUGGGAAUUGAGCAUCAUUUCUUCCAGAUGUGGUAAAAACGAAGUUGUUCUUAGAUCAAGAUAUUAGGGCUCUUGAUGGAUUGGAUGAGUCGAAUCAAAGUAAUCUUUCGCGUGUAACAUUAAGAAUCUCGUUUGUGAGGCAAUAUGAUAAUACUUUUUUUUUUAAUUUUUUUGGUUUAA